GGCAAGAGCUGAGUUGGGUAUUUCCAACUUAGACUUUCACUUCUACUAAAUGGGUGGGUUGGCUUUUCUCUGAACAAAUCAAAUUUCUUUUCAGCAUCUAUUUGAAGAACUGACCUGGGAAUAUCAGGGUUAGAGAACCCAAGACAGCAGAGGAAGUCAGACCAGCAGCAGCUGAAGACUGAGGAGCAAACCAGCUGCACCUACCAUGGAGGACCAGCGAGACCUCAUCUCCAAUCAUGAGCAGCAGCCCAUGCUGGGAGGAAGGGCAGGAGGACAACACCGGUCCUGUAACCAAGGAGCCUUUUAUACUGGCUUCUCUGUGCUGGUGGCCCUGCUCAUUGCUGGCCAAGCUGCAACUGUCUACUUUGUGUACCAGCAGCAGGGGAGAUUGGACAAGCUUACGGUCACUUCCCAGAAUUUACAGCUUGAGUCUCUGAAGAUGAAGCUUCCUAAAGCCUCCAUUCCAAUGAACAAACUGCGACUGGCCACUCCCAUGCUUAUGAGAGAAUUCGAGCCUGAGAACCUCCCAUCCAUGGACUUGACCAAAAUUGGAAAUAAUACCAAGGACCAAGUGAAGUACCUGUUACUGCAGUCUGAUCCCAGAAGGUCUUUCCCUGAGUUGACCAAAAGCUUUCAGGAGAACAUGAAGCAACUCAAGAACAACAUGGAAACCAAGAACUGGAAGAAUUUUGAGAACUGGAUGCACCAGUGGCUUCUGUUUGAGAUGAGCAAGAAGCCCAAUGAAGAGAAUGUUGAAAAAAAGACUGAGCCUCUUCAGAAAGUUAUGACCAAGUGCCAGCUUGAGGCGAGCCGUGUUCCUCCCGUCCACCCGGGCAUGUUCUGCCCCAAGUGCGACGAAAAUGGCAACUAUGAGCCCCUCCAGUGCCACGGCAGCACUGGUUUGUGCUGGUGUGUCUACCCCAAUGGCACCGAGGUCCCCCACACCAAGAGCCACGGUCGCCACGCCUGCGGUGGUCCCUUGGAUGCUGAAGAGAUGUUUUCCUCUGGACUGGGUUUUCCUAAGCAGUAAUCUAAGAGGAAACAAGAAGAGCAAGAGCUAAUUAAAAUCAAAUAGUCCCAGACCUGCAAACUGCAUGGCUGCCGCUUGAAUGUUCUGGUUUACCCAAUCCUAGGAGCCAUAGACUCAUCCAUCCCUUCCUUGUCUUCUUCCCCUGCUCCUCUCAAUCAGAAACCCCAAAUCCCAUUUUCUUUUGGGCCCCAAGUUAGAUCCCCAUCUUGAUACUCAAAACUGAAACACCUGCCUAUGACUAAGAGGCAGUAUUGGGACAAACAACCUGCUUUCUUAACCCAUGAUGGGGAAGUAAAUCCCUAUCCAAACUAUUUACAUUUUAGGCUGUGGAGAAGAUGUAAAAGUCAAACAGAUCCAUUUCCCUUCCCCAACUUGAGGCCCUUCAUUUAACAACCCACUCUUGCUUCUCUGUAGUAGUACACAGUAGCACCAAGCUUCUUAAUCACACGAACUAGGGAAAGGUCGGGAAGGGGAUGGGGUAUGUGUGGGAAAAUUUCCUUCCUUUUUCUUAAGUCUUACUGAAUCUCUUGUCUCUCCCUCAUUCCAGUAUCCUCCAAGUAAGAAAGCUAUCUAUUCAUUUGCAAUUUCAUCUGCUUGAAAGAAACUAAAGUUUCACAUUAAAAUAAAAGUUGGAAAUGGAAA